AUGCUUGUAUCAGAGGACCAGGAUGUACCUCGACAGAUUUACCCUGGGUUUCCAGCAAACAUUGAUGAUGACGAUCUUAUAAAAGAUAUGGAGGUUAUUCCACCUGAGAAAAACGGCUGUACGAACAUCACAUUGGCGAUUGUUACGGCUCAUUUUUUGACCGAGUUACACUGGUUGAGUGAUAUUCAUGACGAAACUCCACCAGAGCAAAGGAAAGAAGCUGUACAGAUGUUGGGGAAGAGAAUGGAGGAGCGAUAUCUUCAAAGCUGCGAUCUAGAUCAGCCAUUGGAGUGGAUGACUGCCACCAUCGCACGACUCCACUUAUCAAGAGCAUGGCUUUUUGUCAAUUUACCAUCACCUGAUACACCAGAUGAUUUCCAGUCGACCACCAAGGAUAUGUUAUUUCGCACUGGUGUUGAGGUUUUGGAGUUUAUGCAUCUGUUGCAAGAUAAUGAACUCACUGAAGACUGGAAGUGGCUGUGGAAGGGUUUUAGAGAAUGGUAUGUCAUGGGCUACAUUUUAACCGAACUUUGUAGCCGUCCCUUGGAUGCUGAGUCAAAUCAUGCCUGGGAUAUGGCUACAAAAAUGUACAAACAGUGGCUGGGGAAUGAUUCUACGAUGGAAAGCGAGAGGGUAAAAAGUUUAGCUUGGCUGAUGGAGAGCGCUAUUGCGUCGAGGGCUACUAUGAUGUAA